AUGACUACUGUGGCUCCUUUGAAGAUUCGUAUUUUCUCCGAUUUGGUGAACAAGACGAGAGUUGUUGAGGAAUAUGCAAAGACGGUAGCUUUGUCAAAGGACACUCAUGGAGGAAACACUAGUCGGGGACGUGGUGGUUGCUUCAACGGUGGUUUGCCUGGCCACAUUGCGAGAGAUUGUACUCAUGGGAAGAACCUGGAUGCGGUUGCAUUGUAUGAUACUGGAGCUUCGCAUUUGUUUAUUUCGUUUGAUGAAGUUGAGGAGCUAGGCUUGAAAGUUUCAGAAUUAGCGUUUGAAUUGCAUGUACAUACUCCACAUCAGAAGGUUAUGACUAGAUCGAGUUGUAGGCAAGUACGUUUCAAGCUUGAGGGUAGAGGUUUUGUACAUGAUUUGAUUUGUUUACUAAUGGUCAGGUUGGAGAUGAUUUUGGGAUUUGAUUGGUUGUCGAAGAAUCGGGUUUUGCUGGAUUGCUUUGAGCGGUCAAUUCAGUUUAUGCCAGAAGGAGAAAAUGGAGCUGUGAUAGCUGAGGGUUACUACCUGAACUCUGUAAUGGUGCACUAUAGUGGUGAAGAAUGUCAGGGUUAUAUCUUGUUGACUGCUAAUGCUUUGGUCGACGCCCAGAACUUAGAUCAGAUUUCGGUAGUUAGAGACUUUUCGGAAGAUAUUCCUGAGUUCCCACCUCAAAGGGAUAUCGAAUUUACGAUUGAAUUGGUGCCGGGAGCCAGACCAGUAUCGAUUGCGCCGUAUAGAAUGGCUACGAUAGAGCUGGCUGAACUAAAUGCUCAGUUGGAAGAGCUUUUGAACAAGAGGUUCAUUCGACCAAGUGUAUCUCCGUGGGGAGCACUAGUUUUAUUGGUGAAGAAGAAGGAUGGAGCAAUGCGACUUUGUGUGGAUUACCGAUAG